CUCAUAACAUAUUGUUCAAGCUUACUAUUCGCUUAUCUCAAAGACCUUAAAAUUAACUAUGGAGACUGAAGGAGUCGGCACUGCUGAGUCAGAUGAUUCUGUUGAGAAAUGGUGGCAAAGUUUCUUAAAACAAAAACUUGCUGAUGAUGAAUUAGAUGCAGAACUUCGAUCUGCAUGGGAGAAUUGUGUUCAAAGACGGGCUAAAUUUGCUGAAGAAGUUAAACGAAUCUUGAAAUUAUACCAACCGAUUGAAAAGGUGCUUAGCAAUACAUUGGAAGCUGAUCGUGGACAGAGAGGUCAAAAUCUUUACAGAGAAUGGGGUCAAAUACGUCGGAAAGAAUGUCUACUGGCCUAUUACGAUAAUGAUACAUUUCGGGCUACAUAUACACGGCAAAGAUUUGUAAACAGUGCUACUAGUUUCUUACAAGCUUUAGUUUAUCGAAUUAUCCCAGAGAAUCCAGAUGUAGAAUCGUAUCUACGACAUCAUGUUAGUCGUAUCAUCAGUAUAGGCGUUGGACCUGGACCAGAUAUAGCUGCAUAUUUAGCCUAUGCACGUUGUCGUGGUUUUACCCAACGUCUUGUCUAUUAUGCUAUGGAUCAAUGUGCUGGUUGGGCUAGUUAUCUAGCAGCAUUUGAUCGUCAAUGGUCAACAGAAUAUCAAGUAUCCGUUUGGUUCAAGUGUUUUCGUUUCGGUAAACGUGAAGAUGUACAAACUCUGCCUGACGCGGAUAUGGUGGUGUUCAGUUUUGCGAAUACAGCUCUAAUGGCUAGUUCUGUUUGGCCAUUACUGCAACAACGUUAUCGUUUAAUUGUAGUGUUAGAUGGCAUUAAAGAGGCUGUUAUUGAUAGUUUUCUCGACUCUGGAUUUAAAGACUUCACAUUGACUGAAAGAACAAAUGUCUACUAUCAUUUCAGUGGAUUACCAGAUGAUGAAUAA